GAAUUGAAGCAAAGCGGUGUCUAUCAAAAAUUCCGCCACCAAUAUUAAAUUAUUAUUUAUCUUUAAAAUAAAAAUAAUUUAAAGAAAUUCAGUUAAAAAAUAUAUUUUGAACUCAAUCAUAAAGUUACACAUCUUCAAUUAAUUAUUAUUUCUGUAUAACAGUAUGCUUAAGUUCUCACUAAGACCAACUUUCUGAAAGCACCGCUCCAUCGCUGCAGUGGCAAAACGAAAACACCAUAAUAUCGUCAUAUCUCCUGUUCUUUGAACUCUUCGUUCUCCAGAGCAACUAUGGAUCAAAUGUUAAGUCCCGGGUUUUCGAUACCCAGUAUCGGAACACCCCUCCAUCAACCCGAAGCAGACCAACAAAUCGUUCCGAAUCCCGUUUAUCAUCCCAUUGGUCAAAUGGGAAGCUCUCCAAUGGGCGGCAAUGGCCAGAAUAAUAUGAACAACUAUGGCAACGAACUCAGUUCGAUGGGAAUGCCCUCUCUGAUGUCAGCACCACAGAAACAAAUGCAGUCAUAUCAACCGAGCUAUUCCACGCCACAAAGCUUGAUGCAACCACAAACUCCGCAAAGCCUUAUGUCACCCAUGGUCCCCAUGAGUGAACGUGUCGAAAAUAUAAGUAAUAUUCAUCAGACAAUGGGUCCGGCGACUCCAAUGACCCCAAUGACUCCCGGUUCUGCUGAUCCCGGCAUAGUUCCACAAUUACAGAACAUAGUCUCCACCGUCAAUCUAAACUGCAAAUUGGAUUUGAAAAAGAUCGCCCUGCACGCCCGUAACGCCGAGUACAAUCCGAAACGUUUUGCCGCCGUCAUUAUGCGGAUACGUGAGCCCCGCACAACGGCGCUUAUAUUCUCAUCGGGAAAAAUGGUGUGCACGGGGGCUAAAAGCGAAGACGACUCUAGGUUAGCUGCGCGAAAAUACGCGCGUAUCAUUCAAAAAUUAGGUUUUACGGCAAAAUUCUUAGAUUUUAAAAUACAAAACAUGGUGGGAAGUUGCGAUGUAAAGUUCCCAAUUCGACUCGAGGGCUUGGUCCUUACUCACGGCACUUUUAGCUCCUAUGAACCAGAAUUAUUCCCUGGACUCAUUUAUCGUAUGGUGAAGCCGAGAAUUGUGUUACUCAUCUUUGUGUCGGGCAAAGUGGUGUUAACGGGAGCCAAAGUACGACAGGAGAUUUAUGAAGCCUUCGAGAAGAUCUUUCCGAUUCUAAAGAGUUUUAAGAAACAAUCGUAGCGCGGAAACGAAAACGGAUGCGGCUUAGUUUUAGCUUUUAGUAUUUUUACUUUAUAAAAUAUAUUUAUGUUUCAUUGAAUGUAACGAAAUAAAUAAAAAUUAUGCGAAACACGAGAAAGAGUCAAUGUUUCUGCCUCUGGC